AGUCUCGAGCAUGCCACAGCUGUUUAAGAAAUCAAAAAGCCUCACUCAGAAGCUGCUUGCACCAGCCAGCGCCUUCCAGCUCGCUCACGCACAGCCCCGAUGCCAAGUGCACUGCCUGGGCCACUUGCCUGGGGAUGAGGGAACAUGCACGCUGUGCCCAGGGCUGGAGGAGUGCUGGUCAACAGCGCCUGGCUCGUAGGAGACGGGGGUCCCAAGCCGUGAGCAGGUUCCUCUCUGUGUAUUAGGGGAGCCCGGCUGCCUGGACUGGAAGGGCUUGGACAGUGCUUUGCCAUGCCCAUGACAGUGCGGGGCGGCGCUUGGGGCCUGCUGCUAGGGAUCUGCAUGCUGCUCUCCUGCCACCUGGCCCAGAGCAGAGCAGGGGAGGAAGAGGGCUCAGAUGCUGCAUCAGGGUUUGUGAUGGACCAUGCAGGGCUCAGCCCUGAGGACACCAGGCAUCAGCCCAUGAGCCCCAGCCCUUGCGGCCUCACCUUCCAUGCCCCAGACCCCUGCAGCUCGAGUGCCAAGACGUCCUCACCGGCUUCUCUGGAAGAGCUGGACCAUCUCAAGAACCUUCUCCGGGACACCAGCGGCAGGCUCAAGGGCCUUCAGAGAGCAGCCGGCGUGGAGGCCAGCCAGCCUGGGUACCAGGACAUCAUUUCAGAAGUGCUGCCUGGCAUCAGAAGAGCAAACCUGGAGUUCUCUGAGAGCCUAGGCAGGAUCACGAGAGAGCUGGACGAGCACGUGGCCCGAGCUGACCCUCUCCAUCUGACGGAGAAGAGACAGAGGCUGAGGAGAGGCCUCCAGGAGAUGGACCAGAUGCUGCGGGUCACCGGCCACCUUGCCAAGCAGCUGGAUGACACCUCCCAGGACCUCCAUGGGGCCUUAGUCCAGCACUUGGAUAGAGCAGUGGCCCUCAUCAGCCACAGAUCCUGAGGUCCUGGUCACGAGGAAAGAGGACAUCCUCCAAUCUAGGUGUCCGCAGGGCUUUGCUUGCAUGUAUCUGCAAGGCCGGGUCCUGGGAGGCACUGAACCUCUCCCCGGUACUGGAGACCCAGCUCCAACCCAUACGUCCUGCAUCAGCAGAAGCAGCCCACGCCUGGUGACCACCGUUUCCUGCCACUCCCAUGGGGGUAAAUAUGAAAUAAGGACAUGGGACCCAGGAGGCUUAUUCCAGAUUGACACCUGGGGAUUAAUCAUUGCCUGGCCUUCAAGUCCACCCCGAGCCCCCAAUUGCUCUCCAUGCCUGAGCAGCGUAGCUCUCAGCUGCAGCUAGCAUGUGUCCUCUCUGGAGCUUGACGCCGCAGGAAGAAUAGCCACGGUCUCGGUGCCACGGUGAAGGCUUGGCUAGAUUUAUUGCCUAUGAAGCAUCUUCUCAUUAGUCCACAAGGUACAAGCUGGAUGCCCACCACCAAGUAUUAACAUGACACAUGUAUUGCCUAUGAUGCAUCUACUCUACCAGGUGCAAGCUGGAUGCCCGCCACAAGGUAUUAACACAGCCCACGUAUUGGGUUCCCCCAGCCAAUGCAAGGUUGCAAGGUUUGCAGCCCUCCUUUCCUACAGUGAUUGCAAUACAUCCCCCUUGACAUCAGACACAUCCCGUACCUUGCAGUUAAAUCGUCCCUUGUACUCCCUGUACGUCCCCGCCCUGGAAAAUUCCUCAUGGAUGUGCAUGUGCUAGACCAUCCAGUACCCACCUCCCCCCUCAACCUCACAAUGAAUCUGCACAGCUGGAUUGCAGAAGCAGUUUUGCCUAUUGGUCACAGCUCUGCCAAAGCCUUUCUGUGAGCAGUAGCGACCGGCCCCUUCUCUGCACAGGCUCCAGCUAUACGACAGCAGGUAGCAGGACCCAACUAGCCCGUAGCAUCCAGGCAAGGAUCAAUGCUGCAGCCCGGCCUGCUCUUUAAGGGCAGGGCUGUGUACAGAGGACAUGGGCAGCUCUAGGAUUUUGAGAAGUGGGGUGCAGAUGCAGUGCAGCAGCAUCACUUAUAAUACAGCGCCCAUUUUUCUCCAAGGAAAAAACAAUUAGAAGCUUUACUAAUAUGCUGAGGGCCUGGGGCUCUAUUAUUCAGUUCAAGAUUGAAGUAAAAAAAUAUAUAUAACUUUGUUAGAACAUUCAUUAACUUGCUAUAGCCUAUACUAUGUAUAAAAACCCCACAGCAAAUGAAGCAAAAGUAAUCAAAAGAUGCUUUAUCAUUAGUCCUGUAGUCAUUAGACUUAAAUGUACAUCUUUCUUCAGAUUCAUAAA